AUGACCUUGAAUCUCGUCCAACCGAAAAAUAUACUUGCCACAUUGAAGUGGAAAGAACCCGACAAUGUAUCAAAUAUAAGGCAAGUGUAUAACAUUCGGUGCCGCACUAACAAGGCGAUUAUGGGAGAUAGAAGUGAGAUGCAACAACUGUUGAAAUUGUUGGAUGAUAACAUGCUCAUUCUCGAUUCUACCUACAAGACCAACAAGUAUAAACUUCCAUUAUUUGAGAUGGUUGGUGUUAUAUCUAUCGAGAAGACAUAUUCCCUUGGUUUUGCUUUUUUGGAGUGUGACAAAGAGGAUAAUUUACAUGGGCAUUAG